CUGACCAACUUGAUCUCGCAUGCUUGAUUCACAGGUAUGGGGAGCUUCAGGGUUAUAAUAAGCAGGAAACAGCUGAAAGAUAUGGAAAGGAGCAGGUUUAUAAGUGGCGUAGAAGUUAUGAUGUUCGUCCACCUAACGGGGAGAGCUUAGAAAUGUGUUAGGGAAGGGCCGUUACCUAUUUUAAGGACCAUGUGAGCUUGGUUACCUUCAUAUUGAACCCCAACUUAUGGCGGGAAAGCAUGUGAUGGUUGUGGCUCAUGCAAAUUCAUUGAGGUCUAUUGUCAUGUAUCUUGAUGAGUUGACUUCUCAGGAGGUUAUUAACUUGGAACUAUCAACUGGUGUGCCGAUGCUAUACACUUAUAAAGACGGAAAAUUUGUGAGGAGAGGAAGUCCUCCUGGCUCACUGGAAGCUGGAGUUUAUGCACACACAGAGGUGUAUUAUAUUUUUGUGUGUAUUAUUUUGCUUAUAAAAGUCCCCAUGGCCCCAUCUCCCUCUCUUCCCUCAGGGAGAGGCUGCAGGACUGCAGGAGGGAGGGAUCCCUGUUAUAGCAGCGGUGGAUCCUGUAGGGGGGACAAG